UUUGGUCACGUGACUCGUGUCCGUGUGUCGCCUGGCUAAACGUUGGCACUUUCUUACAGUUGGCACUUUCUUACAGUUGGCGCUGGAAUGUGUUUCAAAGUUUGCAGUGAAACUACUUUACUGGAAUGUUGAUCACAUGACGACGGCGCUAACAAGUGACCCCCACCAGUGGUCCAUGCAGUGAGCAGUGAGCAGUGAGCGUUGGCCCUGAUGGAGAGCAGCUGGCGUGUGCCAGUGUUGUGUUGUCGUCCUCGCGUGUUGCUGCUACACACACUCUUCUGGUGCCUCGUGGCCCUCAGGGUGUUUGGAGCCGCCCUGCUGGCUGAAGACAAGACUGCAGCGGUGGUGGCCCCCUGCUGGCUGCUGGAGGAGUUUGUGGUGACCAGCGAGUGUUCUCAGUGUGGUGCCUUCCAGACGAAGACGAGGGCGGCGUGCGGACACACAGGUUACGUGGAGCGCGUCAACUGUACCAAGUCCAACAAAGACGACUACAAGAGCUGUCGCUCCACCGCCAUGGAGGAACAUCUCUUCUGGAAGUUUGAGGCGGCCAUGUUGGCGGUGACGUCGCUCACAGCCAUAGUUGUGGUCGCGCGCCAGCGAUGGCUCGAUCGCCUCGCCUCAGAGAAAGUUCGCCGACAGAUCGAGUCCAUCUGAGAGCUUCAAGGCCAUCCGUAAAAAUCAUAACUUUAUUUCAAAUCUUGUCAGCUGCUCAUCACAACGGAUAAAAAAAACUAUUGUUGACAUGACUGCAGUGUCCCAGUGUCUUUGAACGCAGCAUCAGCUUGUUGUUUAGGUUGAUGUUCGUCAUAACAAAUAAAACAUGUUGACAUUA